CUAUAUGUUCAUUGUUUAAGGUUUUGCUCGAUGAAGGUAGAGCAUAUUUUAGCUAUUAGUUUGACGGAAAUUAAUAUUCUCCCCGAUUACCUCCUAGAAAAUCAUGUGGAACUGGAAAAAUUGUUAGAUAAUUUGAAGACAGAAAUUCAAUCACAAGAACAGGUUCUCAUCACUCUGCGAUCUCCUUUGAAGUCUUUUUUAGCCUCUGUAACAGUGGGCGUGUUUGUUCACGAGUUGGAGCCUCCAUCCUUUGCGUUGACUCUUGAAUCUUACGACGUGAAGAGGGGUUCUAAAUUGGAGCAGUUUGCAGCUGGAUUAGCUAUGACGGAAUGGCAUGGAGUGAGACAACUGAGUGUAAUGUGUACACAGAUUGCAGUUAAUUUUAAAACAAUGGAUGCCAAUGAAAGGUGUUUAUUCACUUUUCGACUUCCGUAGAGUUUAAAAUUGUUAGAUAAUUUCAAGACAGAAAUUCAGUCACCAGAACAGGUUCUCAUCACUCUGCGAUCUCCCUUGAAGUCUUUUUUAGCCAAUGUAACAGUGGGCGUGUUUGUUCUUGAGUUGGAGCCUCCAUCCUAUGCGUUGACUCUUGAAGCUUACGGCGUGAAGAGGGGUUCUAAAUUGGAGCAGUUUGCAGUUGGAUUAGCUAUGACGGAGGGGCAUGGAGUGACACAACUGAGUGUAAUUUUCACACAGAUUACAGCCAGUUUUAAAACAAUGGAUGACAAUGAAAGCCUAUGUAACAGUGGGCGUGUUUGUUCACGAGUUGGAUCCUCCAUCCUAUACGUUGACUCUUGAAGCUUACGACGUGAAGAGGGGUUCUAAUUUGGAGCAGUUUGCAGCUGGAUUAGCUAUGACGGAGGGGCAUGGAGUGACACAACUGAGUGUAAUUUGUACACAGAUUACAGCCAAUUUUAAAAAAAAAUGGAUGACAAUGAAAGAACAGAAGACUGCUGCCAUGCUGAACAGUCGAACACCAGCACUUCCCAAACUGUUUCCUUGCGCAAAGAAAACACAAAAAAUGAACAGAAUAUAAACAGGGGGAAAAAUCGACCAAGGUUUCAGAUAGCAAGCUUCCCAGUAUGAAAUCAGCUUUGGAUGUUAUCAAUCGUAUAGAGUGGGAUGAACAACUGCCCUCGGAGAACUUCUUGGUAGGAUAUUUGGACAGCUUUCUAGGUACAAUUGAGCGACCAUUCUCCUCGUUUGAUUGGAGCCUAGAUAUAUGUGACGUGGAAACCGGCAAAAAUCCGUCAGCAGUGCCUCAACACCGAAUACAAUACUUCAAGUACAAAGACGCCAAAGUCUGGGACAAGGAGCUGAGGCUAGAUCUUGUUUUUGGGUCUACUGGCAACGAGAAAAGAUACACGAACUUAUCACCGAAUUGGGAAGAGAUGAGUUCGACUUCCUGAAGUAUGCAUCCAACACUGAAAAAGAGGAAAUAGUUCAAGACGUUUACCAAGUAGAUUGGGCAAAACCUCAAGUUCAAGAGCAGGUACCACAUGGGGGCGAUUUCGAAAUAAUAGAACCAGAUGAAACAGUUUCAGAUAGUAUGACUUCUGAAAUGAAUCGAGCUAUUGCGGAGGGGCAGCAGACGAAAAAGAAAAAGGUUUGGCCGAAUGAUUUUUUCUGUAUUCGAAUUGACAAUCCUCAAGUUCACGCUUAUCACGAAGAGUUCUGCCGCAAGUACUUUAAUGAACACCCAAAUGACAUUAAAAAGAACAAAUGCACGCCUUCCACUCUACAUAUCACUCUGGGACUCCUUAGAAUUGAGAAGGUGCGGCAGUAUGAACUGGCAAUCCAACUGAUGUCGGAUCUGGUGGACCUGAAUUUACUUCACCCAAUUAAGCUACCCUUUGAUCUUCAAAUAGACGGCAAGCUACAUUGUUUCGGAAAAACGGUUGCAGUUAUUCUGUUACAGUCUGAGAUCCUGCAGCAAAUACAUAGGAGUCUCAAAAAUCUAUGUGCCGAAUACGAGCUGGACUUCAUUGAAGACCACGAUGACUUCAAUCAGCAAGAUUUAACAGAAGACUGCUGCCAUGCUGAACAGUCGAACACCAGCACUUCCCAAACUGUUUCCUUGCGCAAAGAAAACACAAAAAAUGGUACAAUUGAGCGACCAUUCUCCUCGUUUGAUUGGAGCCUAGAUAUAUGUGACGUGGAAACCGGCAAAAAUCCGUCAGCAGUGCCUCAACACCGAAUACAAUACUUCAAGUACAAAGACGCCAAAGUCUGGGACAAGGAGCUGAGGCUAGAUCUUGUUUUUGGGUCUACUGGCAACGAGAAAAAGAUACACGAACUUAUCACCGAAUUGGGAAGAGAUGAGUUCGACUUCCUGAAGUAUGCAUCCAACACUGAAAAAGAGGAAAUAGUUCAAGACGUUUACCAAGUAGAUUGGGCAAAACCUCAAGUUCAAGAGCAGGUACCACAUGGGGGCGAUUUCGAAACAAUAGAACCAGAUGAAACAGUUUCAGAUAGUAUGACUUCUGAAAUGAAUCGAGCUAUUGCGGAGGGGCAGCAGACGAAAAAGAAAAAGGUUUGGCCGAGUUAUUUUUUCUGUAUUCGAAUUGACAAUCCUCAAGUUCACGCUUAUCACGAAGAGUUCUGCCGCAAGUACUUUAAUGAACACCCAAAUGACAUUAAAAAGAACAAAUGCACGCCUUCCACUCUACAUAUCACUCUGGGACUCCUUAGAAUUGAGAAGGUGCGGCAGUAUGAACUGGCAAUCCAACUGAUGUCGGAUCUGGUAGACCUGAAUUUACUUCACCCAAUUAAGCUACCCUUUGAUCUUCAAAUAGACGGCAAGCUACAUUGUUUCGGAAAAACGGUUGCAGUUAUUCUGUUACAGUCUGAGAUCCUGCAGCAAAUACAUAGGAGUCUCAAAAAUCUAUGUGCCGAAUACGAGCUGGACUUCAUUGAAGACCACGAUGACUUCAAUCAGCAAGAUUUAACAGAAGACUGCUGCCAUGCUGAACAGUCGAACACCAGCACUUCCCAAACUGUUUCCUUGCGCAAAGAAAACACAAAAAAUGAACAGAAUAUAAACAGGGGGAAAAAAUCGACCAAGGUUUCAGAUAGCAAGCUUCCCAGUAUGAAAACAGCUUUGGAUGUAAUCAAUCGUAUAGAAUGGGAUGAACAACUGCCCUCGGAGAACUUCUUGGUAGGAUAUUUGGACCGCUUUCUAGGUACAAUUGAGCGACCAUUCUCCUCGUUUGAUUGGAGCCUAGAUAUAUGUGACGUGGAAACCGGCAAAAAUCCGUCAGUAGUGCCUCAACACCGAAUACAAUACUUCAAGUACAAAGACGCCAAAGUCUGGGACAAGGAGCUGAGGCUAGAUCUUGUUUUUGGGUCUACUGGCAACGAGAAACAGAUACACGAACUUAUCACCGAAUUGGGAAGAGAUGAGUUCGACUUCCUGAAGUAUGCAUCCAACACUGAAAAAGAGGAAAUAGUUCAAGACGUUUACCAAGUAGAUUGGGCAAAACCUCAAGUUCAAGAGCAGGUACCACAUGGGGGCGAUUUCGAAACAAUAGAACCAGAUGAAACAGUUUCAGAUAGUAUGACUUCUGAAAUGAAUCGAGCUAUUGCGGAGGGGCAGCAGACGAAAAAGAAAAAGGUUUGGCCGAAUUAUUUUUUCUGUAUUCGAAUUGACAAUCCUCAAGUUCACGCUUAUCACGAAGAGUUCUGCCGCAAGUACUUUAAUGAACACCCAAAUGACAUUAAAAAGAACAAAUGCACGCCUUCCACUCUACAUAUCACUCUGGGACUCCUUAGAAUUGAGAAGGUGCGGCAGUAUGAACUGGCAAUCCAACUGAUGUCGGAUCUGGUGGACCUGAAUUUACUUCACCCAAUUAAGCUACCCUUUGAUCUUCAAAUAGACGGCAAGCUACAUUGUUUCGGAAAAACGGUUGCAGUUAUUCUGUUACAGUCUGAGAUCCUGCAGCAAAUACAUAGGAGUCUCAAAAAUCUAUGUGCCGAAUACGAGCUGGACUUCAUUGAAGACCACGAUGACUUCAAUCAGCAAGAUUUAACAGAAGACUGCUGCCAUGCUGAACAGUCGAACACCAGCACUUCCCAAACUGUUUCCUUGCGCAAAGAAAACACAAAAAAUGAACAGAAUAUAAACAGGGGGAAAAAAUCGACCAAGGUUUCAGAUAGCAAGCUUCCCAGUAUGAAAACAGCUUUGGAUGUAAUCAAUCGUAUAGAGUGGGAUGAACAACUGCCCUCGGAGAACUUCUUGGUAGGAUAUUUGGACCGCUUUCUAGGUACAAUUGAGCGACCAUUCUCCUCGUUUGAUUGGAGCCUAGAUAUAUGUGACGUGGAAACCGGCAAAAAUCCGUCAGCAGUGCCUCAACACCGAAUACAAUACUUCAAGUACAAAGACGCCAAAGUCUGGGACAAGGAGCUGAGGCUAGAUCUUGUUUUUGGGUCUACUGGCAACGAGAAAAAGAUACACGAACUUAUCACCGAAUUGGGAAGAGAUGAGUUCGACUUCCUGAAGUAUGCAUCCAACACUGAAAAAGAGGAAAUAGUUCAAGACGUUUACCAAGUAGAUUGGGCAAAACCUCAAGUUCAAGAGCAGGUACCACAUGGGGGCGAUUUCGAAACAAUAGAACCAGAUGAAACAGUUUCAGAUAGUAUGACUUCUGAAAUGAAUCGAGCUAUUGCGGAGGGGCAGCAGACGAAAAAGAAAAAGGUUUGGCCGAAUUAUUUUUUCUGUAUUCGAAUUGACAAUCCUCAAGUUCACGCUUAUCACGAAGAGUUCUGCCGCAAGUACUUUAAUGAACACCCAAAUGACAUUAAAAAGAACAAAUGCACGCCUUCCACUCUACAUAUCACUCUGGGACUCCUUAGAAUUGAGAAGGUGCGGCAGUAUGAACUGGCAAUCCAACUGAUGUCGGAUCUGGUGGACCUGAAUUUACUUCACCCAAUUAAGCUACCCUUUGAUCUUCAAAUAGACGGCAAGCUACAUUGUUUCGGAAAAACGGUUGCAGUUAUUCUGUUACAGUCUGAGAUCCUGCAGCAAAUACAUAGGAGUCUCAAAAAUCUAUGUGCCGAAUACGAGCUGGACUUCAUUGAAGACCACGACUUCAAUCAGCACUUAACUCUUGUUAAGUUCAGAGGUGGUGACUGCCAGUUCGACACCAAUUUUAUAAACCAACAAGAAUGUCCGCAGCUGACACCGGAAUCUAUACAAGUGUCGAAACUUCUAUUGUGUGCCAUGGGCGAAAGGGAAGAAGAUGGAUUUUACAGAGUAAUAUCACAAUGUGGAGUUGAAUAAAAUUCUUAAUCAAGAGCUCAUCUUCCAUUCAAAUGUGUUCAUCAAUACUUUAAUCUCUCUUCUAAAAUUCAGAUGUAUCAUCAUGAAUAGGCGCUGGAAUAAAAUGGGUUAUUUUUUUAUUUCGUUUUCAUCUAGAAAAUACUUUGACGAGUGCUCACUAAAACUUGUGCUGUUUUUGUUUAUUUCAUCUUUUCAAACUAGAAGCUGACAAUUCUAUAUAGAGAUAUUUUGUUUUACAGUAGAUAAUUAUUAGAUUUCUCAACUCAUUUGCGAAAAUUUUGGUUUUAAAUCACCUGAGUUUGAAAUUCUUAGAGCAAUAAUUUCUUCGUAUGUGCUAACGGGACUUUUCCCGUAAACUACUUCGAUCUCAAAAUGGUCAAUUUAGUAAAUUGUCGUUUCUAAGUUCCUUGUAAUGUACAACCUACAUCUUACACGCACUUUUUAUUUAGGAUUCGCAAUUUAUUUUUAAGUGGUGCAUGCAAGUCUUGUGAUUUUUACCGAAAAAGUUUCGGAUUAUUUUCAGACUAUUGGGUGUCGGCUUCAAUUCUGUUGGUUGAAUUACCUCAUGUGAUUUUUUUUCUAAUAGUUUUUACGAUUGCGAUAAGCAAGCCUUAUCAAACUGGAAUAUACUUUUUUCUAGUUAACAACUAGUUUAACAGAAUGAUUUAAAUCAUUUGAUAGCUUGCUUUAUUAAUGAAGGUAAUUUUCAUGAAGUGUGGUGGUAGUGUGCG